GGUCAUCAGGAAAAAGAGCGGAGCCAUCGACGGAUGCGUCACGGCAGAUGUAGCACCACCACGAAACAGCCAUUUGUUUCCCUCUCUUCAGUUUGCGCAUGUCGACUCAGACGACAACGCAAUAAAUUCUACGAUCAAGCUCUCGCCGUUGUUUUCCAUGUUGCGUCCAAGGCAUUUUCCACCAAAUGACGACGCGGCUUGGAGCGAUGAUGCGCGCGACGAUUUCGUGCCCUCAAACAACCCAAACUUUCUCACCAAUGUCAUCAAGGAGCACGCUCGGAGCAUGGUCGGGGGAAAACGUCGCCAUUGGGGUCCUCCCAGCGCUCCUCCCAGCGUCGCUAUUUGGAUGGCUGGAUGUUCCCAACAUACCGCGUUUGCUAGCUCCGCGCGCGUUGACUACCAUUCACGUGGCUCACUCCCUCUACCGUCCGACCCAUCGCUUGCACGGCAGCCCCGGCUGUUUUCUCUUUGUGACUCUCUCGGACGUGCGCAGAGGGAGUGUUGCUGGAACAGGCCAUGGGACCUCACCGCACCCGGCUCCGCGUCUUUGUUCGGCGACAAAGUCGGACUGGCAUGCCAUUUCCUUUUUUUGCAUCCGGCAUCAAAGAACGACUCUGCAACUAAUCUCUCCGUGACUUGCAGCCGAGCCAGAUAAAGACGUACACGAGACCUUGACGGGCCCUACCACCAGGCUCCAAGAGACAUCACCCGAAUUUUGUUCCAUACCUUCACUGGCCAAAGCACCCUACAACACACACUUACGGGCCUACACACACAACAUGAGCCCUACCCAAAACCUCGAGGGGAUCUCCCUAGCAAGGUUUUGCGAAGGCAUCCGAUACCAGUGGGAGACACAGCCGCUUCUCGAACAUGCUGAAGAUGCCGCGCCAACCACUUCACCACACAAGGUUUUGGUUCUCCUGCCAACAGAGGAGCAGCUCACCCAGUCAUUCCUUGUGGGGGAUGAAGACAGCGAGACAAGAGACUGGGCCCAGUACAACCCAGCGUUCUCCUCUAUGCCGGUGCUGUUCAAGCACGCCCAGUCGCUUGGCGCCUCCGAGCAGGGCAUCUUCAAGAUCCGCAUCCCCCCGAGCCUGACCAACAGACCCGAAGGAGACCUGCGUCUCCCCGCCGCCCUGCGCGGCAAGAAGCACCCCUGUGUGUCUUACACGCGGCAGGCCGUCGGCCCCGGAGACUUCGUCCGGCUCCUGCCCAAGGCCGUCAAGGGCGGCGCCUUCGAGAGGCCGUCGGCGGUAGAGGCCCCGAAGCCCAUGGACGUGCUCCGCGCCUGGGAGCGCCUCUCGUCACUCAGCGACCGCAGCGCGCUCCACAAGACGCGCUACAUGGUCGGCGUCGACAUCAUGAACGACGGGGUCCAGGACGGCAGGGAAAGGGCCAGCAUGCCAGAGCUGAGCCUGAUCCACCCUCUCAACGAUAACUUCCUGCGCGAAUUCAAGGCCAUCCGGGGGAUCAUGACACCCUACAAGUACGAGGGCAAGCCGCUGGCCCCAUUCGCGUGGCACGUCGAGGACGUGGACCUCAUCGCGCUGAACCACCUCCUCCUCGGCACAAAGGUCUGGUUCGCCAUCCCGCCGGGCUCGCGCGAGGCGGCCGAGCGCGUCUUCCAGGCGCAGGAGCUAGUCCCACAGGCUAGAGUAGACCAGGUGCAGUUCAUGCGCCACGACUCUAUCGUCGGCGGCCACAGGGCGCUGCGCGCCGCCGGCGCCGCCGUCAUCCCCGUCAUCCAGGCGGCCGGCGAGAUCGUCGUGACGCUGCCCAAGACGUACCACUCCGGCUUCAGCGUCACGUACACGGUCGCCGAGUCGGUUAACUACGCCGACGUCCCCGUCGACCUGGAGAAUUACCAGUUCUGCCCGGCCGGGUACAGCUGCGGCUCGUGCAAGAUCCAGAAGGUGGACUUUGAGAGGGUUGAGCCAUGGUCCGGCGCCGGCACGCCGAAAGCGUUCGAGACUGACAGCACGAGGAGUCGUCUUUCGACGCCCGAGACCGUCAGCGACGUCGAAGGCUACCAAUACCAAAUCAUCUCCCCAAUCAAGACCGAAUCCCAGCCAGCGGGUUCCCCUAAACUAGCGCCCAACCCAGUUCCUAAGCCGACGGGCGACGGCAGCGAGUCGCCCAUUUCCAUGCUCGAGGCCACGCCCGACAUGGAGAUGCGGGUUGAGGUCAAGCAAAUAGCUAUUGCGGCGGACGGAACCCUUCGGCUGCCCGUAUUUGAGGAGGAGAUUGAGGUCAUAGCCGAGGCCUCGCCAGACAUCGCCCCCAUGUUGACGCCCAGUCCGGUUCCGGACCCUGCGGGAGGGGGCAGCGAGCCGCCCUCACCCCCGCUCGACGUCGCCCCAGGCAUUGAGGUCGAGGCCCAGGUCGAGCAGGAAGAAGUGGCCAUGGUUCAAACCCCUGAUUCACUCUUUUCUGACUACGACGAUAUCGAGGUCCAGGUUGGGGAGGUACCUGCGGUCGCGGGCGAAAUCCCAGGGCUAUCUGUUUACGACAAAAGCGUGGCCGAGGACCAGUUCGAACAGACAGCUGCCCCCGUAAGCAAAGCCCCAUUACCAGUUUACGGCGAGGGCGAUACUCCCAGGUCACCAAUCUACGACGAGGACGGUAUUGAGGUCCAUGUCGCACGUCCACCCGUGGCUGCGGAUAAAACCCCUCACUCCCCCAUUUACGACGAGAUUGAGCGCAUCGUCGACGAGAUCAGCAUCGGCGCCAGCGGCGCAGGCGGCGUCCAGCGGUCUGACUUUGAGGCCACGCAGCCCGAGGAGUGGACGGACCUGCGCUGGGACCCCUACGACCCCGACGCGGAUCUCGACGCAUUCCAUGACUACGACUCUCAGGAGUCGAGCCCGGACGAGGAGAUAGACUACCUGUCGGAGGAGCUGUCCGCCGAGGAAGCUCCCAUCUGUAUACCCCUGGCCGAGCCCGGAAGCGAGCGGAAACGGAACCGCUCCGCAGACGAGGGGAUGUACCCGUGUAAGCCCCCGCGGAAAGUGCGGCGGGUCGAGGGCGACAACGGAAUUUCCAGACUGCCGGAUCGGAGAUGUUCUGUUUGAAGGUUGUUUCUCCAUCAUCUAUCUAUCUAGCUAGCUUGGUUUUAACAUUCGAUUUCAGCGUUGGCGACGGAGGAGUUUUGCGCAAAGCGUCAAGGCGGUGUAGGUCUUUUAGAAACAGUUUCAUACCCUUCGAUCCCUCCCAUUGCUUUGCACCUUGAACUCGAGCCCACAACCCACACACGCUUAUCAUAGCCUCCCACGACUCCUCCCCGCUCCGACGAGUACAUGAUGGAUGCGCGGUGAGAUCCUUGAGAUCCGUCAGGGCGUUGUCGGAGGCUUGGAUCACGAUUCGCUGGGGCGGCUGGGUCGCUGAGCUGAGGGAGGAGGAGGAAUCACAAGGAACCAUGACAAGGGUGAGUGUGUGUGUGUGUGUGGAAGAUCGCGCGGUGAAGCUGCAAUCUAAAACGGCAGCAGUCGUAUAUUGGAGUGAAUGUAGGGGUUUUAUUUCCCAGAGCCACUGUCCUGGUCCUCUGUAACGUACAUCUGACUGUAGAAUUGCAUAUCUCCUCAUAUGCCUAGAUAUGCACUUUCAAGUUUCGCGCUGUGCCCCGUUUCACACCCCCCGG